GCUUCUCUUCUGAACGUGGUAUUAACUCUAAUCUAAAUACAGAAGCGCAGCUAUUUUGGUAUUUAAGGCUUCGUUACCAACAAGAAAGUGUUGGGCACGUAUUCCAGGAAAUACGCUAUUAUGCACGGCAGGGUUGAUGUAUUUGUCAGCUGAUCGAGAGCAGCCUAGUAAAUCAGUACCUAAGGCCAAUAUGGCUGCUGAAAUUCAUUCGAGGCCUCAGAGCAAUCGACCGGUGCUUCUUAAUAAGAUCGAGGGACAUCAGGAUGUCGUUAAUGUAGCCGUAUUGAUACCUAAGGAAGAUGGCGUCAUCACUGUCAGUGAGGACAGAACUGUUCGAGUUUGGCUGAAAAGAGACAGUGGACAAUACUGGCCAAGCAUCUACCACACACUGUCCUCUCCCUGUACUUCCAUGGCAUAUCAUCAUGACAGCAGGCGGAUAUUUGUUGGUCAGGAUAGUGGAGCAAUAGUAGAAUUUCAUAUGGCAGAAGACUUCAACCGGAUUAACUUUGUCAAGACGUACCCAGCUCACCAGAAUAGAGUGUCUUCAGUCAUAUUCUCUCUGGAAUCAGAGUGGGUGAUAAGCACUGGCCAUGAUAAAUGCAUAAGUUGGAUGUGUACCCAGAGUGGCAGCAUGGUGGGAAGGCACUACUUCAGCUCCUGGACAUCCUGUUUACAAUAUGAUUUUGACACACGGUAUGCCUUUGUUGGUGAUUACUCAGGACAGAUUACACUUCUGAAACUUGAACAAAACACAUCUACAGUUGUUACAGCCCUUAAGGGACAUGAAGGUAGUAUUUCAUCCUUGUUUUGGGAACCAGCACAACGACUGCUUUUCUCAGGGGCAAGUGACCACAAUAUAAUCAUGUGGGACAUAGGAGGAAGAAAAGGUCGGACAUUGCUACUUCAGGGGCAUCAUGACAAGGUGCAGGGUCUUUGUUACUUAAGCUUAACACGGCAACUGCUGUCCUGCUCGAAUGAUGGUGGAAUUACAGUCUGGAACAUGGACGUUCACAGAGAAGAGGCACCACAGUGGUUAGAGAGUGACUCAUGUCAGAAAUGUGAACAGCCAUUUUUCUGGAAUCUAAAACAGAUGUGGGACACAAAGACUCUCGGACUACGACAGCAUCACUGCCGAAAAUGUGGUAAAGCAGUCUGUGGGAAGUGCAGUUCUAAAUGCUCUUCCUAUCCUGUUAUGGGGUUUGAGUUCCAAGUCAGAGUCUGUGAUGACUGCUAUGACACCAUCAAAGAUGAAGACUGCACUCCAUUAGCAACUUUUCAUGAAGGCAAGCACAACAUUGUUCAUAUGCAUAUGGAUAUCUCUAGAGGACUAAUGGUAACAUGUGGGACCGAUCGCAUUCUAAAGAUCUGGGAUAUGACACCUGUCGUUGGCUGCAGUCUUGCUACAGGCUUCACUUCCCGCUGAGCAUUGUCACCUUGAUUUAUGCACCUUGUGUACAGUAAUAUGCACUGAGGGGAUUAAAUUUUAGCCAUGUAGCUGUCUCCAUGGAAUUACUAGCUUGGCAACUGACGUUGUCCUUUUAGGACUCAUCACCACCUCUUUUUAAAAAAAUAGCUCCUAAAAUUGCUUCCAGCAAAAAUGUAGUACUGAAGACUAUUAGGAAGGCAGCCAGACUGACAAACCCUUACCAAAGCACAAUGUGAGACUCUUGGAGAUGUACCAUUUGUCGGAUGUCACAGCAUUUUGUGCUAAUGUUUACCUGUUUACAGGGCACUUAUUAUAAACAGCUUUUGUCUUAAAAGAAAUUAUGCAACUGUUGCACAAUCCCAUUUGUAUAAAGAGGUACACAUAUAUAAACAAAUCAUGAUUUUUGAAAUGGAAGGAUACUUAGAACAGUUAAGGAAAUACAUUCCUUUGUUUAAAGUAAUAUUUCAGUGUACUGUCCAUGUUCACAAAAAAUAUUUCAUCACUGGCCAUUUAUAAUUUAACCAUGAUGUCUAGAGGGAAUAGCAAAUUCUCUCUUAUUCCAAAGGCUAGUCUUUUAAUUGGUGUGCUGUUCUUGCUCUUAGCACAGUGUUUUUUUUUUUUUUUUUUUUUUUUGCAUACUAAUACUCUCAUGCCCUUAACAAGCAGGGCAAUACCUCAUUAGAAGCACCAUCUCUUUUAGUGCAUUUAAAUGUAUUUAGUUAGCUUGAAAAUUCCAAUGGAAGUUGGUGGCUUGGAUAGAUAUUGUCUUACAUUUUCUUUCUAUCUGAAUGGAAUAGCUCAUUUUAUUGCCUUGUUUGCUAGCUCAUUGUAUUGCCUUGUUUGCCCUUUCUUAUAGUGGUGUUUUUGAAUUCCUUUCAAAGCUCUUACUAUUGUGGUGGAGUAGUGUCAGUAACUUCAAUGGUUACUCUGUACUGGACAUGUUGUUUUGAGGAAAUGACAGAGACGAAAGAGCAUACAAGCUCUUUGAUUCCAAAGUAGAGAUGUUUUAAAAUUGUUGUGAGUGUGGUACAUGCUAGGAUUAUGGAUGUCUAAUAAUACUUAUGGUCUGGUAGCAGCAAAGGAAUGGCAGGAAAAGUAAGACCGUUUAAAAAUAUAUACAUCCCGUUCUGGAAGGGUGGUACUUGGAAGAAAUAUUUUUCUAGAGAGCCUCCAAGAUUAUGUAAUUUCAGUUACAGACAGGUAAACCAUGUUAUGAAAAUGAAACAGAGAAAGAUCAUAUGCAGUCAGAUGUAUGCCAUAGUCUUGUCAUAGCACCCUAACCAGUUUUGAUUAUUGUUUUUAAGCUAAAUAUGUGGAUGCCCUUUAGUUCACUGCUUAUCACAGUAAUUUUGUUGAAUGAUUGAUAGCAGGCAAAAUGUAGUAGCAGUUUGACCACUGAAUGAUCAUCGAUAGAACAUAAUUUUUCUGUGGCCCAGAAGAAGAGGGCACCUGUUUGGCAUAAUUGCAGUAAACUUUGUAGAUGUGGAAGAUUAUUAGGCUAUCUGUACAAGCAGCACUUUUCUCAAAUCUUUCCAUUUCUUAAACAAAAAUAUUCUUAGAAAGGUGUGUAGUUGUUGUUAAUGAUUGCAAUUCUUCAGUGUUAAGUAUUAACUUGCUUUCAUUAUGAAGGAUUAAAAUGCAGUCUUACAGAAAUCUCUUCUAGGAUCACAGCCAAUUGAAACACGUCUGUUCCAUGCUUUGUAAUGACACACACAUUUUUUUCCUUAGGGGACAAGGCCAUCUGCAGCCCCCUCUCUUUCAAACUUGAUUUUUCCAGUUUCAUGGUUGCGUAGCAAUGGGGAAAGGAGAAAACCCCCCACAAAACAAUGCACUGCUUUUUUAAACUGUUACUGUUUUGCUUAUGAAGAGGAUGUGAUGUCUGAGGAACCAGAGAACAGCCAUAUUGCACAGCAUAUCUUAAUGUUUCACCAAGUAAAGGUCUCUAAAAGCUUAGCUUUGAGGACCGCAUUAAACCUGCCCCCAUACAUGCAGUGAUCUUUAUGUUUUGUGUCCCUGCUGCCUCACAGUGAAUGCUCCAUCCAUUCUCUCAUCACCAGUGGUUAGAAUCAGCCAAAAGAAGCCAUUGUUCAGGUAGAUGUCAGGGAAUGAUUGAAAUUUUGCAUUUUUUUUUCUUUUAACCUGCAUCAGCAAGCAAUCUGUGGUCUGCUGGGGAAAGUGAGAGAUGGAGCUGUGCAGUCCCUCAUUCUUGCAAGGAAAAUAUGUUUGCAAACAACCUUGCCCAACAACCUUAAAGCAUGGUAGAUAACUUCCCCAGUCUCUGCUGGAAAAAUCCUACUUUGCCCGUGUGCUCUCCAGACAUAUGUAACCCCCCCCCAAAAAAAAAAAGAGGCAAGUAGCCAGGUUCCUUCACUAUUCCUUUUUCCCAUUAGGCUUCUCCAGUGCCAGAGCUGCUAAGAGAACACCAGUCAUCUUGUAUGCAGGCAGAGAUUCAUCCCUUUCUGCCCCACAACCAGACUAAUGCUAAUGAUCAAAAAGUACAGGGGAUGACAGAAAAGUGGCGGUGUCCAAGAACUGUGAUUUGAGCAGCAGUUUGAUCAUAAUGUGUAUAAUGUCAUCCACGAGAAAUGACCACGUGUUGCAGGUCAUUCUCUACAGUAAACCAUUCUUAGACUUAAUUCUUAUUAGCUGUGAAGCCACAGCUGCAUAAAGUAAGUUUUCACAAGAGCGUGACUAUGGAAAUGAUGGAAGAUCAGCUGUGUUGUAUGAAUAGCUGAAGCAGAAGCCCAGAUCUUUGUUUCGCAGUAUUGCAGAUUUACUGUGAAAAUGAUGACUUGAUGAAUGUCUUAGACCUGUUGCUCUUUCUUUUCAUUGCUGCUGCUGUGGUACCUGAACUUCUCAAGUUUUGCUGUUAAGUUUUAAUCACCAAAGCUCGUGCUUAAUGAGGAUAUAAUAUAAAGAUAACUUGACAUCUAGGAAAUCUUGUUCAUAUACUCAGUGUUUGGAAGAAGGGCAGAAUGUAGAGACCAGUUAAUUCUUUCUGCCAAGUGUGUAUGAAAUGUUGGAGCUACAGCAUGGUGUGUAAUGCAGCAUUCUAUGCAUAUGUUGUUUAUUGCUGUCUGUUUCAUUUAUGCUACAUAAUGUACACAUAAAGCAUGAAGAAUCUCCCCAGCACUGAAGCAGUGCCAUAUAACAAACCAUUGCAUUUUCUGAAAAAAAUAUUUCUAUACUACAGAUGUAAUGGAACUUUUUGAAGACAUUGGCGCAUUGUUUUAUAUCUGAAAAAUUAAGAGACUUCAAAUGUCAUUUCAUUUUCUCUUAUGGAUGUCACAAAGCAUCACACAUUAUUGUCGGAAGACUCCUGCAAGGCACCUUAGAAAUGGACAAUGUGCAAAUUCAUACCAUCAUACCAUUCUGUCAUUUAUUUUCUCUGUUCUCAAUAAAGUAUUUUAAUAUAA